GAAGCAAAGAGGAGUCGAGUGGAGCAAAGCCAUCCAGGGCUCAGGGCUGGACUGGUUCCUGUCACAAGGAGCCCUGCAGAGGGGUCCCCUGGGAGUGACGCGGUGUGGCUUAAUUGGACUCACCUCCUCUGAGCAACUCAUGGGAUGUCCGAGAGCCGAAGGGGGAUGACUCUGUCCCCCCAGGAAGACCCCUGGAGAAGCCACUGUAGCCUCCAGGCCUGCAGGACAGGGGGAAAGCAAGCAGCUGAUGCUAUCUACCUGCCCCCGUCCAUCUGGUCCCAGACCAUGAACUAUGUGGGCCAGCUAGCGGAGACGGUGUUUGUGACGGUGAAGGAGCUGUACCGGGGCCUGAACCCGGCCACGCUGACUGGAUGCAUCGACGUGCUGGUGGUGAGGCAGCCGGAUGGCUCCUUCCAGUGCUCCCCCUUCCACGUGCGCUUCGGCAAGCUCGGCGUCCUGCGCUCCCGCGAGAAGGUGGUUGACAUCGAGAUCAACGGAGAGCCAGUGGGGCUGCACAUGAAGCUGGGAGACAAUGGGGAGGCCUUUUUUGUCCAGGAGCUGGGGGGUGAGGAGGAGAGAGUCCCAUCCCGCCUGUGCACCUCCCCCAUCCCUCGGGAGCACCCCUUGGGACUCCUGCCGAACCCGCCCCUGGGCUCCGGGGCCUCGCAGGCCAGCUGGCUAGGGGAGCCAGGGGUGGCCAGCUCAGACACCCCCACGCGCAAGAAGAGGCGUCGCCGGAAGAAGGCCAAGCGGAAGGAGGAGGCCUUGGUGCCGGACUCGAGCUCUGACGAACCUGAGUCUCUGGAGAGUGAGCCCUCGCUGGAGGAGACACAGAAGCUGGCGCCGAGCUCGGACUCUGUUUCCGUGUAUUACUCGUUUACCAACCUGCAGUCUGAGGACGCGACCGUCUUCCAGCCCAAGGACAUCUACCCCUCCUCUGAUGGCGAGUGGGGCCUCCAGCACAGCCUUUCACCAGAUUAUCCCUCCACCCCAAAGAGCGACUCGGAGCUGGAGAUCAAGUCUCCCGAGCCCUCCCCGCCAGGAGCCGAGUCUCACAUGCAGUGGUCUUGGGGGAGACUUCCCCAGGUGGCGAAAUCGGAGCGAGCAGAGCUGCCCAGGUUCUCCAGUAGCAGUACGACAGCGUACCUCACCUCUCUGGGAGAGUCUGGCCACAUGGUCCCUGUCCUGGCUAUCUUGGGCUCUGACGUGGCCCCCCUGGACUCCCAGAGCCCCUGCCCAAGUCCUCUGUCUAAAUCCGUGCCCGCCUCCCAGAAGGGGAAGGGGGCCGAUCUGGAAGAGGAGGAGCCUGAGGCAGUCCUUGUGGGGGCCCCUCAACCCAGGAUGGAAGAAGGGCAGAUGUCGUGCCCAGGAGCAGUGGGGACAGUGAAGGGUGGUGAGGAUCGUGACGCAGAGGGGGCAGAGCCAGCCCAGGAGUCAGUGCCCCCUCAGGCCUCGGAAGUAGCCACCACUGCCAUCGAGAGCCCACGGGCCCCGGAAAGCUCGGGAUCCAUUGGGCAGAGAGUGGGGAGCAGAGGGAGGAAUGGUUCCCUGAAGAAAAGCCAGCACCUGGGUCCCAGUGACAUCUACCUCGAUGACUUGGCUUCCCUGGAUUUGGCCGACGUAGCCCUGUACUUCCCCAAAAGUGAUGAAGAGUUGGCUGGCAAGGCCUGCAGCGAGUCUGGCAGCUCUGGGCCCAUCCCAUCCCAGGCCGGGGCCCUCGUCGACAGUAGCACCGACAACCUGGCCGAGCCUGCCCAGGAGCCAGAGGGCCCAGUCACGCUGUCCCUCUGCGGUGGUCUUGUGGACAGAAGGGAGAUUUCACAGGAAAAGUUCAUGAAGCACAUGAUCUCCUACCAGGACCUUGCCGACAACCCCAGUGUCUUGGAUGAUCCCAACUUGGUGGUUAAAAUCUACAAGAAGUAUUACAACUGGGCCGUGGCUGCUCCCAUGAUCCUUUCCUUGCAGGCAUUUCAGAAGACUCUUCCCAAGGGCACUGUGGACAAGCUGGUGAAGGAAAAGAUGCCCAAGAAGAGUGGCAGGUGGUGGUUUUCCUGGAGGAGGAAAGAGUUCUCGGCUGAAGAGCACAGCUCCGGGACAGAAAAGGCCACGGCAGAGGAACUGGCAGAGGGGCCAACACCAUCAGGGCCAAAGACCGAGCUCCCAUCCAGCGAGGAUGAUUCCCCAGAAAGUCCCGUGAUCCUGGAAGUCCUCUCUCCCCAGGUUCCAUCCCAGACUUUCUUCCCUACGUACAAGAAGUCCCUGCGGCUCUCGUCAGAUCAGAUUCGGAGCCUGAACCUGAGGGAUGGGGCCAACGAUGUGACGUUCAGCGUGACAACCCAGUACCAGGGCACCUGCCGCUGCGAAGCCAACAUCUACCUAUGGAACUGGGAUGACCAGGUGGUCAUCUCGGACAUUGAUGGGACCAUCACCAAAUCGGAUGCAUUGGGCCACAUUUUGCCCCACCUGGGGAAAGACUGGACUCAUCAGGGCAUCGUCAAACUCUACAACAAAAUCCACCUGAAUGGGUACAAGUUCCUGUACUGUUCAGCCCGGGCCAUCGGUAUGGCUGAUAUCACCAAGGGCUACCUGCAGUGGGUGAAUGAACAGGGCUGCGGCCUCCCCAAAGGCCCCAUCCUUCUUGCCCCAAGCAGCCUCUUCUCAGCCCUCCACAGGGAAGUGAUUGAGAGGAAGCCUGAGGUGUUCAAAAUCGCCUGCCUGACGGACAUCCGGAACCUGUUCUCCCCUCUGGGGCAGCCCUUCUAUGCCGCCUUCGGGAACCGUCCCAACGAUGCUUAUGCCUACCGGCAGGUGGGCCUGCCUGAAUCUCGGAUCUUCACUGUCAAUCCCCGAGGAGAACUGAUCCAGGAACUCACCAAGAACCACAAGUCCACGUAUGAACGGCUCAGCGAGUUGGUGGAACACGUCUUCCCGCCGGUGGCUCAUGGACCCAGUGUGGGGCUUGUCCACCCUGACUUCAGCCAGUUCUGUUUCUGGAGGGACCCCCUGCCUGCCAUUGACUUGGAGGACCUUGGCUAGCCCCCCUCCAGCAGGGCCAGGGGGGACCCACCGGCCCCACCCUGGCCCCGAGGAUGCAGGCGGCUGCCCCAGUCUCCUUUCCUGAUUUUUCAGGGAGGGGCAGCGGGAACUUGAAUGGGGCUGCUAUUGAACCGGUUGUGGCAAGGGAGAGGGACUGAAUGGGCGAGUCAGGGUCCUGGGAACCACCAGCCAAUCCUGUACGUUCCCUUGCCAAAUAGGGGGUCCCCCAAUACUUACUCAGAUCUCAGCCUCCUGUUACAGGUGGUGCUUGGAGCCCUCGUAGGAUGGGUUGGGGUCCUCCCCGGCUUAGGUGGCCAUUGGGCUUGAGGAGAAGCAGCUCCUCCUCCCCUGGGUGGGAUGUUUCACUUCCUGCCCCAUGGGUCUGGCCUGGGGUGGAUGGACAAGGGUGGGUAUGAGGGAAAACUCCCAGCCUAGGCCUGGCCUAGUCUGGCUUGCUCUCCGGUUCUGACAGUUUGCUAGCAUUCAUCUCUGUGAGCUGGGCCAAGUCUUGCUCUGGCAUCGGACCGACCCCAGCCUCACUGGAGCUAUGGCAGUCUGUUCUGCUCCUUGGUCGGGUGGGAGCAAGGUGACUCCAUACAGCAACGAGAAGCUCUUCCUGUGACAGGUGCGUGCGUGUGUGUGUGUGUGUGUGUGUGUGUGUGUUUUUCCAGAAACAAAGCUCCUAAUAAACUAUUCCUAGUUCACCUAU